AUGAAGCUCACCAUCCUGGACCAUUAUUCUCAGCCAGUGACUGGGCCUCAAAUACAUCAGGAAUGUCAUCAUCUGGUUCAACCCAGGACCACACAAGUACUUCACCCUGGAGCUCCCCACUGGGAGCACCCCACUUGGCCACUAUAAGAAGCUAACUGAAUACUACAAGAAUGGAGAGCUAUCCUUCAAAUAAGCGAAGACCUUCAACAUGGAUGAGGAUGUGGGUCUUCCUCAAGACCACCCACAGAGUUGCCAGUCCUUGAUGCGGGACAACUUCUUCAAGCACACUGACAUCUACCCAGAAAACACCCACAUUCUGGAUGGGAAUGCAGCUGACCUGCAGGCUCAGAGGGACGCCUUUGAAGAGAAGAUCAAGGCUGCAGGAGGGACUGAGCUGUUUGUUGGAGGCAUCGGCCCUGACAGGUACAUUGUUUUCAAUGAGCCGGGUUCCAGGCUGGUGUUCAGGGCCCGUGCGAAGACACUAGCCAUGGACAUCACCCUGGACAAAGCUAGAUUCUUCUAUGGAGAUCUCACCAAGGUGCCCACCAUAGCCCUGAUGGUGGGCAUGGGCACUCACAUGGAUGCUACAGAGGUGACGAUCCUCAUCACAGGUGCUCACAGGGCAUUUGCUCUGUACAAAGCCAUAGAGGAGGGAGUGAGCCAUAGGUGCACCAUGUCUGCCUUCCCACAGCAUCUCCGCACCGUGUUUGUGUGUGAUGAGGAUGCCACCCUGGAGCUUAAAGGGAAGACUGGUCAAGUAUUUCAAAGGUUUAGUUCUUGUUCAUAACAAGUUGGUGGACCCCUUGUACAGUAUCAACAAAAAAACACACACAACAGAAACGGCAGUCUUCUAAGAAACCACACUGUGACUCGCCUGUGCUACUCCUAGUGUCAAGUACCUCAUUGGGACAGGCAGGUCUUUCUGGAAAUUGUCUUUUUAGAAGGAUAGA